AUGAAAAGCAAUCUAUUGGACGGCCAAUCACCCAAUUGGCAAAAGCAACCUCGCGCGCCAGCGUCGAUGUUGAGAAUGAUCGAGAAGAAUUUUCUUCUUUGUUGCAUGGUCGCCGUUCUAACGACUUACCUCCUCGUUAGCCAUAACUGGCAUAAUGCAUCAACAGAGAAGAGAACCCAUCAAGGUUAUUUUGCGCUACCACCAGAGGACCUGGAGUAUGGGCUGGAACAGUGUGCUUCAAACCAAGUAAGACCCGUCGUGAACUGGGAUUCAGCGGCGACCCGUCUUGCCAAGGCUCGAUCUGGGCCGCGGACUGUCCUAAAAAAUGUGACACUGAUUGACGGAGAUGGACAAGUUACUCCCGGCUGUAUUAUUGAGAUACAGGAUGGGAUCAUCGUCAGUGUCAGUACAGUGGCCUCAUCAUCAGAGACGAUCACCCACUCAUCCGAUACCACCGAGAUCGACUUGCACGGCCGAGUUGUUACACCAGGCCUGGUUGACAUGCAUUCCCACAUUGGAAUCCGCGAGACGCCUCAGCUUUGGGCAACGGAGGAUGUGACCGAGAGUUCAUCGCCUGCUACGCCCUGGGGCCGAGCUGUUGACGCCAUCAAGGCCAGUGACCAGGCAUUUCCGGUGGUUGCCAGUGGAGGGGUCACCACGUCCUUGGUUUUGACGGGCGCAAAAAACUCUAUAUCUGGAGAAGGUGCGGUUCUCAAGAUGAAGAGGGGAGAAUCGGUGAGCGACCUCCUUGUCAAUCUCACCGAGUUUGGUGGAAAGCCUCAGCGGUAUCUGAAAAUGGCCAUGGGCGAGAAUCAGAAGAGGCAAUUCCAGAAUGUCCCUGGCGGGCCAGUGUCGAGGCUCGGUGAAUCAUAUGUCUAUCGGAAGGCGUACGAUAACGCGAGGCGAGUCAAGCAAAGCCAAGAUAUGUGGUGCGAGAUGGCAACGACAAAGGCCGGUCGAGCAAGAAUUGCGAUAGAAUACCCUCGUUCGCUAGAGUGGCAGACCCUGGUCGAUGUCCUUCGCGGUGACGUACGCGUCAACAUUCAUGGAUAUGAGACUGAAGAUAUCCUCGCAAUGUUUGAUCAUUCUGAUGAGUUUGGGUUCAACAUUACAGCCCUGCAUCACGGUUUGCACGCGGAUUCCGUUGCCGAUGAGGUCAAAAGGAGAAACAUUGCGGUAGUUGGGUUCACCGACUCGUGGGGCGAUAAAUGGGAAAACUACAAUGUCAGCCUCUACUUUCCGAAGAGAAUAGCAGACCACGGAAUUCCUCUUGCGUUCACGCGUGAUCACCCGGCAUUGCAUGGACAGUUUCUUAUAUACGAGGCCCAAAUCGCUCACCACUUUGGUGUUGACGCUGAACUGGCGCUUUCGUCAGUGAUGUCGGUCCCAGCUAAUCUGAUUGGCUUGGAUAAUAGACACCCGCUAAGGGUGGGUGCCAGCCCUCUUCAAGUCUUCAUUGAGGGUCAAAGCGUGGUAAGAGCCGCCUCCGACGUUUGGCACCGAUCACGAGAACAUUUGAAAGAUGCUCCCCCAUCAAGGCCCGAGUCCGAAACGGACAAGACGACCAACAAUCCCGUGGGCCAAGAGAAUGUGGUAAUCACUGGCCUUAGUGGCAGUUUCAUUGGUGUCGGUAAUAAGCGAAGUCAAAAGCUUCAAGGAUAUAACAUGACUGCUAUAAUACAAAAGGGGCGAGUGGCCUGCGUGGGAGACGAAGAGUGCGCCAAGAUGGCAGAGAAGGCAGCUGCAGAUGGAGCGGCUGUGGUGCAAAUCCAGAACGCUUUCAUGCUUCCGGGCCUUACCAUAGCUACACGACAGCACGGCCUGGCUGAGAUGGCUUUGGAACCCUCGACCACAGACGGCUCCUCGUCCGGGGAUGAUUUCCACAACCCUCCAGAAACCAGGUUUGGGCUCACACUAGGCGGAAUCCAUCUGCAGAGUGCAUACCACGCAGGCGUCACUCGCAUAGUUACUCCUCCUCUCACCACUGGCUUCUUCCACGGUAUCAGCGCAAGGUUCAGGGCAGGGGCAACAAGUGUGCUUGAUGACGGGGCCGUCUCGGACCCCAACGUUGCCCUCCAUUUCACCAUUGGACACGAAGCAAAAGGCCUCUCGACUCCAUCAGUCUCAAUACAGAUCCAGACACUGCGAGACCUUUUAGUCUCCAGUGAACCCCCUCACCCAGCUUUCCAGCAAGCCGCUAAAGGCAGCAUCCCCGUCGUUAUUUAUACUAACAACAAAGACGUUAUCGCACAUAUGAUUGCCUUGAAGCGCGAGACGGGUGCUCACAUAGUGAUAAUGGGAGGCGCCGAGGCCCACCUGCUUGCCACCGAGCUCUCAGAAGUUGAUAUCCCAGUCAUUGUUGCUCCGUUCUGGGGUUGUGAGCCGCUCUUUUGGGACUCUCGCCACUGUCUUCCUGGACCUCCCUUGACUGAUUCCUUAGGACCCCAAGUGCUAAUCGAGGCUGGUGUGACGGUCGGCAUAGGCAGCUGGGAUACAAUGAAUAAUCACAUCCAAAGCAGUAUAUGGGAGGCCUCGUGGCUGGCAGGGCCCGCUAACCAGAGUUUAGCACUUGAUCUCGUCACUACAAACGUCGAGAAGGCCCUGAAGCUCUCGGAGGCUGGGGAUGUUGUGGUAUAUGAGGGGAACCCUUUCGAGUUUGGAGCUCGUGUUGCGCUGAGUCUUGAGGAGGGGAUUGUUCGUAGUUUUUUUCCGAAUGCAGACGCAACGGAGUAA